UCGAAACAGUGUUAGACUUUAUUGCAUUAUCUUCCGAGAAGACAUCUAUACCAGAAACAUGCCGUCGAUCAAAAAGGUUGUGGUUCUGGGUGCUGGUGGCAAUGUAGGAAAAUCCACCAUCAAGGCUCUGCUCGCCGAGCCCGGAAGAUUUGAGGUCACAGGCGUCACCCGCAAAGAUUCUGGUGCAGUAUUGCCCGCUGUUGUUCGGCACGUCAGAUCCGAUUAUUCCAAACAGUCGCUACAGGAUGCCUUUGCUGGUCAAGACGCAGUUGUUAGUACCGUCUCUGGAUCUGGCUUAAGCGAACAGACAGCUAUCGUUGAUGCUGCUAUUGCAGCAGGAGUUCAGGUAUUGAUCCCAUCCGAAUACGGUAUCGAUACAGCGCUGCCAGCCGCGACGGACUUUGUUCCUUUCCUCAAGGAGAAGGUGGCAGUAGUGCAGUAUCUCCGAUCGAAAGAGGAUCAGAUAUCCUGGACCGCGAUCAUUACUGGGUCGAUCUUUGAUUGGGGUCUAAACAUUCCUGGCUUCGGAGGUUGGAAUCUACCUGCUCGUUCUGUUACCAUUUAUGACGGAGGUGACAUCGAAUAUGAAGCAACGAAUCUCGACCAGGUGGGCAGAGCUAUCACAGCCGCAUUGGAGCACCAUGAGCUCACCAAAAACAAACACGUGUAUGUCAACAGCUUCACGAUUACGCAAAAUCAGGUCCUUAGAGCACUUGAGAAGGCAACAGGUGACAAAUUUGCUGUCACGCAUGAUUCCUCGGAUGAUUUGUAUCAAGACGGUGUCAACAAACUCAGUGAAGGUCAACUACUGGUUGGUUUGCUCGCUCAAAUCGCUUCGGCAUUUUACGCUAAAGGUGCGAAAUUGGGUCUCGGCAACUACUCCAGCUCGAGGGGGCUUUGGAAUGACAGAUUGGAUCUUGCUCCAGAAGACCUCGAAAGCUUCCUUCAAGGAUUCGUUGGCAAUAAAUCUGGAGUUCAGUAAGCUCAUGCAUGCGCGAGUCGAGUCGGAUAUGUAUCAGAGGGUAUUGAACUUCCGUUAUUCAGGAGAGAAAAUAUCUUUCGACGAAUGAUACCAACACAGCGGCCAAAGCACGGAGUUGAAAAUAGCUUGAAUGAAA